AUGACCGCGAUAAGUGUGUUGCUAUGGUUUGCGUUAAUUCUACUACUUGCGUAUCGAUUUUAUGUGAACAACAUCAAACGUAUUCCCAACUUUCCUCCUGGUCCACCACGUUUACCAUUUUUGGAAGAUUACGGACUACUGCUGCUGCUCAACUAUCGUCAUUUAUUUCGUGCCGCAGAUAAACUAGCUCGAUAUUAUAAGACGAAGCUGCUUGGUCUUCGGUUGGUGGGCAUUCCAACCAUCAUUAUUUAUGAUCUCGCCAUUGCCCGCGAAGUAUUAAAACGCAGUGAAUUUGAUGGCCGACCGGGAUUAUUCCUAGCUCUGAUGCGGCAGAAACAGUUCAAACGGAGAGGCAUCUUUUUCACUGAAGGUCCCGCAUGGAAGGAACAUCGUUUGUUUUUCCUGCGGCAUCUGCGUGAUUAUGGCUUUGGCAAACGAUCCGAGCAGUACGAACAACAUAUUGAAAGUGAAUUAUUGCAACUAGUGGACUUGUUGCAAUCGGGUCCGCGGUAUGAGUACGAAGGUGAUUUCAUAAGCAAGAACGGGUGCGCUAAAUGUCCGGAUGUGUUUUUUGUAACGAUUGCGAAUAUGUUCCUUCAAUUGAUAACUAUGGAACGGUACCAACGUGCGAGAGCCAAACCUCUUGUGAAUGCCUCAAGAAAUGGACUACAGUUUCUGCGCUUCGCCGAUGGUUUUGGAACGGUAUACAGCUAUUUUCCCUGGGUGCGGUAUGUGUUUCCGUUCACAAAGAAGUACCACAAAAUCCGAGAUGGAAUGCUCGGCCUUAGCCGUUUCUUUGAACGUCUUAUUUCGUUGCAAAUGGAUACAUUACAUGAUCCAGAGAACCCGCGCCACUUUAUCGAUCGUUACCUUGACGAGGCACAAAAUCAUAUUCCUCAGAAUGCCGAUUUUACAUUCCAAUAUGAUCAAUUAGUAACGGGAUUAGCUGAUUUUUAUAUGCCAGCCGUAGUUGGAACGUCCGUUCAGCUAUCAAUGGCGCUUGAAAGAUUGUUACUCGAUCCGGAGGCUAUGCAGCGAAUUCAACGAGAAAUAGACGAUGUCGUUGAUCAUGACAGGCUUCCGACAUUAAACGAUCGUAUUAAUCUACCGUACACCGAGGCUACAGUAAGGGAAUGCUUGCGAAUCGAUACACUAAUACCGACCGGGAUCGUGCAUAGAACUACUGAAAACACGGAGCUCGAAGGGUAUCACGUGCACGAGAACACGCUGCUCUUGGUGGACUUCGAUAGGAUAAACAACCAGCAGGAUAUAUGGGAGGAUCCUCGCAAAUUCCGCCCUGAUCGCUUUCUGGACGAUAUGGGAAAAUUGGAUCUUUCCAAAGAUCGUACUUUGUCGUUUGGCAUUGGAAAAAGGCAGUGCCCAGGACAAACAUUUGCCCGUAACACUUUGUUUCUAAUGCUGGCUACUCUUUUGCAGCGUUUUGAACUGAAACACAAUCCCACAAAUCCUUGGCCAAUUUUAUCGAAAAGACAAACAGGAUUGAUUCAUGCACCGGAUGAUUUUUGGAUACGGUUUGUACCGAGACCCGAACGUACUUUACAGAAAUAA